GAUUUUCGACAGUCGCAAAACAACAGACGCUUUGCCAGUGAAAAUUUCCAGAAUCGCACCGCAAUAUUUUAUGUAAUCUUGAUGAAAGAAACCGAAAUGGUUGCUACAAAAACAGUAAAAGUAGGUGAACAGAAUGAUAAGGAUGGAGAAAACAUUGUCAGCAAGCAGCCGGCGAAAGCCGUGACAACGAGCAGCAACACGAAGGAUACUUCGCCGAUUCCGAUUGAGGCAGGAAAAAGCGACGACGGUGAUGAUAAACUGGUCAUCGGUGCGGAGUAUACCGUACAGCGGCAGGAUGGCUCAUGGCAUUCGGCUCAGCUGAUCCAAAGUAGACAGAAUCCUUGCGAUCCUAAACAGUAUGAGUAUUACAUUCACUACGAGGGACUGAACAGACGGCUGGAUCAAUGGGUUACUAGAGAUCGCAUCUCUGCUGCGGUUGCUGGCGCAGACAAGAAAACGUCUGUUCUCGGUAUUCCUCUUGCGCAAGAUUACAAUGGAAAGAGUCCCUUGGUCAGCUCGGCAGCAAAUGCAAAAGAUCUGCCAAAAGUUGGCAAACCGGCCGGCGAAAUAGACAUAGCGGAUGGCGAUCCGGAUAGAAAAAUAACUCGCAAUCAGAAAAGGCGACACGACGAGAUAAACCAUGUGCAAAAAACUUAUGCAGAGAUGGACCCAACGACUGCUGCCCUGGAAAAGGAGCACGAAGCUAUUACAAAGGUUAAAUAUAUCGACAAACUUAGAUUUGGCAAGUAUGAGAUUGAUACUUGGUAUUUCUCGCCGUAUCCGGAAGAGUACGGCAAAGUUGGAACAUUGUACGUGUGUGAAUAUUGUUUAAGAUAUAUGCGAUUGGCAAAAACUCUGCUGCACCACAAAACGACGUGCAGUAGACGUCAGCCUCCGGGUAAUGAGAUCUAUCGGAAGGGUACCGUGUCUAUUUUUGAAAUUGACGGUAAAGAUCAUCGUUUUUAUUGCCAGACACUUUGUCUGAUGGCAAAACUGUUUCUAGACCAUAAAACGCUCUAUUACGACGUUGAUCCGUUCUUCUUUUACGUGCUGUGUGAGAUUGACAAGGACGGGCAACAUAUAGUUGGUUACUUUUCCAAAGAGAAGGAAUCGCCCGAGGGAAACAACGUGGCUUGCAUUUUAAUUCUUCCACCCUAUCAGCGUAAAGGUUAUGGAAAAUUGCUAAUCGCCUUCAGUUACGAGCUGUCUCGCCGUGAAGGAAUUGUCGGAAGCCCAGAGAAACCACUGUCUGAUUUGGGACGGCUCAGUUAUCGAAGCUACUGGGCUUACACUUUACUCGAACUAAUGAAAGAAUAUCGCACUACUACGAUUAAAGAACUAAGCGAACUGUCCGGAAUCACUCAGGAUGACAUAAUUUACACACUACAGUCAAUGAAGAUGGUAAAAUACUGGAAGGGACAGCAUGUCAUCUGUGUUACAUCGAAGGCGGUCCAGGAACAUCUUCAGUUGCCGCAGUUUAAGAAACCCAAGCUAAUGAUCGAUUCGGCGUAUCUCAAGUGGGCCCCACCAAAACGAUCCAUUCCGGUGAAGCAAAUCAAGAAAGCCUAAGUAUUGACGCAAAUUUCAAGUAUGUAUGUAUCGCUUACCUCUAUAUUUUUUGAUAUUUCACAAAUAAGUAUUUGAGAAGUUUGCGUUUAUUUUUGGGAUAAGAUCGAGUAUCGUUUUACGGAAUACAUUUUAUUG